GAACAGUCCUCGGCGGGUUGAGGGGCGGAGAUAUGCAAAUAUGGUUUGAAAAGCCGGCGGGAAAUCUGAGUUUCGCGGGAGGACCUUGGCGCGUAAACCGUAUCCCUUCAUUCAUUGUCAGCAGCAGCUUCCUGGAGCCAUUUUUCAGCUGCCGGCCGCAGCACCCGGGCUGCCGCCGCCGCCUCGCAAUCCGUUGCAUCGGCUGCCCCCGACGCCUCCAUCCCUCCUCGGGGUCUGAUAUCCGUGCGGCCGGGACCCUCCUCUCUCCAGACCCCCGAUUAUUUUUGGCCCCCGGGGCCUGUGCGGUGCGGAAAAAUAAAAAGAAAAGAGAGAGAGAGGGUUCGGAAGCGCCGGGAGGGGAGGCGAGAAGGAGAGACUUGGAAACUCCGGCUGCAAAUAAUAAAGAAAUUGAAAGCAAUACGUUAAUAUAUCGUAACACUAAAAAAGAGCAGGAGCGAGAGAUGAGAAAGGGGAUCCAGCCCGCCCUGGAGCAGUACCUGGUGACCGCCGGGGGUGGGGAGGGGGCGGCUGUCGUCGCCGCCGCCGCUGCAGCCUCCAUGGACAAAAGGGCACUGCUAGCCAGCCCCGGCUUCGCCGCCGCCGCCGCCCCGGGCACGUACAUCCAGAUCCUCACCACGAACCCUUCCACCACGUCCUGUGCCACCUCCCUCCAAAGCGGCGCCCUGGCCGCCGGCCCCCUUCUCCCCAGUGUCCCCGGCACGGAGCCGGCCGCCAGCAACCUCCUCUACACCACGCCACAAGGACCCUCCAGCAGAGCCGGGCUGCUACAGCAGCCACCAGCAGCAGGACGCGGCGGCGGCGGUGGCCCACCGGCAAAGCGAAGGCUGGAGCUGGGCGAGAGUGGCCAUCAGUACCUCUCAGAUGGUCUAAAAACCCCCAAGGGCAAAGGAAGAGCUGCACUACGGAGUCCCGAUAGUCCAAAAACUCCAAAAUCUCCCUCAGAAAAAACGCGGUAUGAUACGUCACUCGGUCUGCUCACCAAGAAGUUCAUUCAGCUCCUGAGCCAGUCACCUGAUGGGGUCCUGGAUCUGAACAAAGCAGCAGAGGUGCUCAAGGUGCAGAAGAGGAGGAUCUACGACAUCACCAACGUGCUGGAAGGCAUCCACCUCAUUAAGAAGAAAUCUAAGAACAACGUCCAGUGGAUGGGCUGCAGUCUGUCUGAGGAUGGGGGCAUGCUGGCCCAGUGUCAAGGCCUGUCCAAAGAAGUGACCGAGCUCAGUCAGGAAGAGAAGAAAUUAGAUGAACUGAUCCAAAGCUGUACCCUGGACCUCAAACUGUUAACCGAGGAUUCAGAGAAUCAAAGGUUAGCUUAUGUUACAUAUCAAGAUAUUCGAAAAAUUAGUGGCCUUAAAGACCAAACUGUUAUAGUUGUGAAAGCCCCUCCAGAAACAAGACUUGAAGUGCCUGAUUCAAUAGAGAGCCUACAAAUCCAUUUGGCAAGUACCCAAGGGCCCAUUGAGGUUUACUUGUGUCCAGAAGAGACGGAAACACACAGACCCAUGAAAACAAAUAACCAAGACCACAAUGGGAAUAUCCCUAAGCCCACUUCCAAAGACUUGGCUUCUAACAACUCAGGACAUAGCGACUGCUCGGUUUCUACAGCAAACCUCUCUCCUCUGGCCUCCCCAGCCAACCUUUUACAGCAGACUGAGGACCAAAUUCCUUCCAACCUUGAAGGACCUUUUGUGAACUUACUGCCUCCCCUGCUCCAAGAGGACUAUCUGCUGAGCCUUGGGGAGGAGGAGGGCAUCAGCGAUCUCUUUGAUGCCUAUGAUCUAGAAAAGCUACCCCUCGUGGAGGACUUCAUGUGUAGUUGAUUGGGCUUUGUACAAACUGUCCUUAUAAACCAAUUAUUUUUUUAUCACGGAAUCAGAACGUGUAUCGCAGUGUUGUCCCUUCCUACCUUCUUCCUCCAAGAGUAUCAUGAAGUAAACUUCAGAACAAAGCUGA